CGGACAUCCAAUUAGCAGAAGAAGAUGAAUAUAGCAUUAAACAAAGCUUUGCUUUCUUCAACCUGCACUCUACUCUUUCUUCUUCUUUUUCUUCUUCUUCUCCUUAUCGAGAGUUUAAUCCCUCUCGUCUCUCUUCCUCCGAAACAUCAUCAUGGAUCCUUACAAGUAUCGUCCAUCGAGCGCCUACAAUUCUCCUUUCUUCACCACAAACUCUGGUGCCCCUGUCUGGAACAAUAACAAUUCCCUCACUGUUGGCUCCAGAGGUCCAAUUCUGCUUGAGGAUUAUCAUUUGGUGGAGAAGCUAGCGAAUUUCGACAGAGAACGCAUUCCAGAGCGUGUGGUUCAUGCUAGAGGUGCUAGUGCUAAAGGGUUCUUUGAAGUAACUCAUGAUAUCUCUCAUCUCACCUGCGCUGAUUUCCUUCGAGCCCCUGGAGUCCAGACCCCUGUUAUUGUCAGGUUUUCUACUGUUAUCCAUGAGCUUGGAAGUCCUGAAACUCUCAGAGACCCCCGAGGUUUUGCUGUCAAGUUUUACACCAGAGAGGGUAACUUUGACCUGGUGGGCAACAAUUUCCCUGUCUUUUUCAUCCGUGAUGGGAUGAAGUUCCCUGACAUGGUCCAUGCUCUCAAACCCAACCCUAAAUCACACAUUCAGGAAACCUGGAGGAUACUUGACUUCUUCUCACACCACCCAGAGAGCCUGCAUAUGUUCACUUUUCUCUUUGACGAUAUUGGUAUUCCACAGGAUUACAGACACAUGGAUGGCUCCGGUGUUAACACCUAUACUUUGAUCAGCAAAGCUGGGAAGGCACAUUAUGUGAAAUUCCAUUGGAAACCAACUUGCGGGGUUAAGAGUUUGUUGGAAGAUGAGGCCAUAAGAGUUGGUGGAUCUAACCACAGUCAUGCCACACAGGACCUCUAUGACUCGAUUGCAGCUGGAAACUACCCUGAGUGGAAGCUUUUCAUUCAGACAAUUGAUCCUGCUGAUGAAGACAAGUUUGACUUUGAUCCACUUGAUGUGACCAAGACGUGGCCUGAAGACAUCUUGCCCUUGCAGCCUGUGGGUCGUUUGGUUUUGAACAAGAAUAUCGAUAACUUCUUUGCUGAGAAUGAGCAGCUUGCAUUUUGCCCUUCUAUUGUAGUGCCUGGUGUCUAUUAUUCUGAUGAUAAGUUGCUGCAAACUAGAAUUUUCUCCUAUUCUGACACUCAAAGGCACCGUCUUGGACCAAAUUACCUGCAGCUUCCAGCAAAUGCUCCCAAGUGUGCUCAUCACAACAAUCACCAUGAUGGUUUCAUGAAUUUUAUGCAUAGGGAUGAGGAGGUCAAUUACUUCCCUUCAAGGUACGAUCUUGUUCGUCAUGCUGAGAAGUACCCUAUACCUCCUGCUAUUCUCACUGGACAGCGUGAGAAGUCUGUCAUUCCAAAGGAGAAUAACUUCAAGCAGCCUGGGGACAGAUACCGUUCCUUUUCACCAGACAGGCAAGAGCGAUUUGUUCGACGUUGGGUUAAGGCCUUGUCUGACCCAAGGGUUACCUAUGAAAUCCGCAGUAUUUGGAUUUCAUACUGGUCUCAGGCUUGCAAGUCUCUGGGCCAGAAGCUUGCUUCUCACCUCAACAUGAGGCCAACAAUAUGAUGAGCAGAAACAAUGUCUCAAAUAUUCAUAGUCACAUUAUUUCAAUCUAAUUACUGUAGCGCAUAUACAUAUGCUUUAGUUAAGAAGUUAAAAACAUUGCAGCUUUGUGACGUACUACCAAGAGUCUUUGUAAUAAGAUGUCCUAAUUAAUGUGUUAAA